UGCAAAUGAUAAGUGAUCCUAACCCCACAUUUGUGAGAUUGUCUAUUUACAAACAAAAUGAGCAGUGAAGAGGUUAAAGUCGAACCAAAACCAAUAUUCAAAGCCAAUUCGUUUCAACAAGCAAAAACUGGUGGAAAGAAACGGACCUGGAAGUCUCUAAAGCAAAUCAUUGCAUCAGAGAAAGCUCUAACAUGGCCUGAAGGGACAGUUCAUUAUGGUUCAAUUAACGCACCACCUUCCUUUAAACCUGCCCAAAAAUUUUCGGAUUUGUCUGGUUUACCUGCACCUUACACCGAUCCACAGACGAGAUUACGAUUCGCCAACAAAGAAGAGUAUGCAACUUUAACUGACCUACCAAUGGAUAUAACUGCUGGGUAUUUGGCACUACGGGGUGCUACAAGUAUUGUUGGAUAGUCUUGUGAUUUACUUAAGUAUUUGUAUUUAUGUGUUUUAUUUAUCAAAUUAUACAAAAUCUUAUUAAUAAAACUAGUUCAAUUAGAAAAAUAAAACUUAUAAUUAGUUUGUUUUUAAUCUUUUAAGUUAAUUUAUUUGUUAUUUAUUGUUGCUCCUAGAAUCGCAAAAUGUGUGAUAUUUUGACACCUUUUAAAUUCUGUAAAAUGUAGCUGUAUACUAACCAUGUAGUAGUUAGCCCUUUUGCUGCCACCAAAUGUAGUAGUUACCACCAAAAUGUAUGUUGUUGUAUCGUUGAGUAAAAUUAAACUUGUUUCAUUUA